AUGGCUGAGGCGGCGACAACCGAGGCAUCUAGUUUGGUCGGGACGCUUGAGACAGAAGUGGAGAUCAAAGCUUCGGCUGGACAGUUUCAUCACAUGUUCGCCGGGAGACCACACCAUGUCUCCAAAGCAUCUCCGGGCACCGUUCAGGGCUGUGAGAUUGACGAUGGUGACUGGGGGAAAGUCGGCUCUAUCAUCUUCUGGAACUACGUGACUCCUAAGCAUGGAGAGCCCGGGAGUGUGGUGCAUUGGCACUUCGAGUACGAGAAAAUAACUGAGGAGGUGGCUCAUCCUGAAACUCUUCUCCAGUUAGCCGUUGAACUCUCCAAAGAAAUCGACGAGCAUCUCGUGUCCGAGGAAUAG